AUGGACCCUUCUAAAACAUAAACGUUAAAGUUAUCAUAAUCUACUAAGGAGAGAGUAGAAACUGCAAAAUAAUAUAGAAUAUCGAAAAGAAAUAACAAAAGUUACUUUAUGAAUAAAAAGAGAAAAAUGGGAAAAAUUAAUUCAAAAACUAUCUAAUCUUAAUUAUACACCCCAUAGAAUAAUAAGUUAUCAAAUAAGACUUACUUCAUAAAGAGGCUGAAAUAUUAAGAUUAUCGAGAUAAAAAUUAAGCAUAAAAAGACUUUGAACCAAUAGGAAUAAUUGGAAGAGGUGCUUUUGGUGAAGUAAGAUUGUGUAAAAAUAAAUUAUCAAAUGAUAUAGUUGCAGUUAAGAAAAUGAAAAAUUCUGAAAUGGCUUAUAAAAAGUAAGUAUCAUGUUAAGCAAGAAUAUGCAAUAAUCAACCUCUGGAUUUGAAUACUGAUGAAAUGUGUUAUUAGUAUUGAGAGGAUGUAAAACAAUAAGAAAAGUAUUUAUUGAUUCUGAUAGAAAAUUAUAGUGUUAAGAUUAUUUAGGAAAUAAAAUAACAUUCAAAAAAUUUAUUGGAAUUGAUGGUAUUUGUGAAGGUGACUAAGGAGGGUCUAGUUGAUAAAGGAGAUGUAAAGAUGGUUAUUUUAAUACUUUUAAACUUUGUAAAGCUUAUUAAUACAAUUGUGUAUCUAAUGGAAAAUUCUGUGUUUCGUAUUUAAAAAAAUGUGAUUUAUAUCAAGGAAAUGAGUUGAAGUGUUAAGAGUAUAAAGGAUCAGAUGGUUAUUGCAAAGGUGUUGAUUCUACAUUAGAUUUACCAUGUUAACCGAAAGUUUGUGAAGAUGCACCUAAGUAUUUUAAAACUGAUGAAGAAUGCAAUUAAAUUUAAAUAUCUUGCUUUUCAACAGGAAAUUGA